CAGCGCGUCGGCAAUCUGGCACACUCUCCUUACAACGCCGCCAUCCUGGACGCAGUCAAGCAGUCUACGGCCAUGCGGCGGAUUGCCAACUUCGCGAACAAUUCAUUCCGCCUAUUCUUCCCCAAGCUCCACCACUUCUACGAUGCUACGCUGGAUGCGCUGUGCUCGCGGGAUCCGUCCCUCCAGCACAACUUCACAGGCAAUGCUUUCGCAUGCGCGACCUGGAACCUUGGUCCGCAGGCCAUCUCUUACGUACAUACCGAUCAUCUCAACUUGCCCUGGGGCAUGUGCGCCAUCACCGCUCUUGGCGACUUCGACCCGACGCGCGGCGGGCAUCUCAUCCUUUGGGACCUCCAUCUCAUCAUCGAGUUCCCGCCCGGAACGACAAUACUCAUCCCCUCGGCAAUCCUCCGCCAUUCCAACGCCCCCCUUGCGAGCCCUAACGAACAUCGCUACGCCCUUAUUCAAUACUCUGCAGGGGGCCUCUUUCGCUGGGCGGAGUGUGGUCAUCAGACCCAGAAACAAUUCCGCAGCGCUGGCGGUGUGUACGCGCAGACGGGCCGCCAGCGAUGGAGGCGCGGCGUGGGUAUGCUGGGCAUUUGGGAUGAGUUGAAGGCUUCUAGACCGUAG